GUCGUGCAAAAAGGUACCUGUAGACAUAGUUGUUUAUUUUGCGUGUGUAGAUAUGUGUGUGUAAACAACAAUAAAUACGCACCUUAUGGAGCAGUAACACAAAGAAGCUUUUAGGUUUACAUAUGGUAAUCUUUACUACCAUCAUUAGUUUAACAUUGAUGGAUAAUUAUCGAAGUUGUACAUCCAAGUUGCGGUGAUUUACACAUCACGUGACAACUUCUAGCCUUAUUGUACCAUAAUACCGGUAUAUUAGUCGUGAAAGUGCAUGCCUUUUGAUCUGUUAGUCUUAACCAGCUCCCCAGGAGAGAGAUUUUUGAUGCAUUAAGAUUUUGCUUCAAACUCUUAAUGCUCUUGUGGGCGGAAUCUUUAUGGUUCAAAAUACUUUCUUGCCUGUUCAAUGAAACCCUCCCAAAUCGGUUACAACGCAUUUUUUUUCGUUCAAAUAUUAAAGGAACCCUUUAUGUCGUUCGUAAUAACACGACACUGUGAACCUUGAACUUAGCACGUCGCUGUGUGCAGUCGUUUUCAAUAAUGUGUCCUUUUGGUUUGCACAUCCUUAUCAUGGAGACACUCUUCAGAUUUUUCAGAACAAAUCUUUGGAUGCUAUCUUUUGAUUCCUCUUAUAAUGCCGAUAUGCAGUUAGCUUGACUUAACAAAGACAUUUUACUGUAAGCACCACCUAUUACGAAGCAGUUAGGAAAAUCUGCUAAGAAUUCUUCGAUUUGUCAAUAUUUUUCUGAGUAUUUUUUUUUCUUUGCACGUAAUAUUAACCUCCUUUGAGGAUCAGAGCUUUGUGUAAGAGCCUUCAGAAAGGUGAAACUAUUCGUUUAUAAUGAAAAGGAUCCGAAUGUUAUGACAACUACAGGUGCAGGAAAAUCAAACAGCGGUCUUUGUAAACCACUUGCUUGCGGCUACACAGAGUAGCACUUCUCCCUUCCUCUCUCCUUUUAUUAUCCGUACUAAUUAUUACACAAUUCUCUGUCCUUAUUGUCCUGUUUGUGUCGUAUGUAUUCCAUCCUGAAGCAUAAAUUGGGAGUAAGUCAAAUCUUAAUUGGAUCUCUUUUUAUUUGGUGUUUUUUUAUCUUUCCCGUAAAUCGAGUGUAUUGGAUUCGAAAUAGACGCCCCCCCCCCCCCCCCUCGAAUAGAGUAAAAGCACUUAUAUCCGUUAGAUUCUUAAAUUCAUAGAAACUCUAUCCCAUGGAAGGGGCAUUGCAUGGUGGAAAGGAACUUUAUAUUCAAUGCUGUCACAGACGCAAGGCAAAACCCAACAAGGAGAUCCUCGCCCAGGUCGACCGACCGGAUGUCGUCCUGGUGGACGCGAUCGACGCCUCCCACACCUUUAUCGGCCGCACCGGGGUGCUGGCGAUCCUGGACCUCACCUCCCAACACCGUUGUCUACGAAGACUCAUUCUACCACAAAAUGAUGUAGAUACCGCCUGUGUGGAACACCUGUGCGAGAUCCUUAAAAGCGGGCAUCAAUCCCUACACUAUGUGGAUUUGUCCUACAGCAGCCUCUCCGUGCCCGCUAUGCGAACCCUGUGGGAGACGGCCAGGUUGAUCCACGGCCUCAUGGAAGUGCGCCUGGACAAAUGCGAUCUCCCAGAAGAAUGGGCGGAGCGGUUGACCCAUCAACUCUCGAAAAACCGUGAGAGGCUGGACCACUCUCGGCGCGUGCAACGCAGCCCAAUCAAUUGGGUCUCUAAAUGGCAUACUACGUUCGUUUUAUUAAUUAGUCCCAACGAUGGGCAAAUGGAGCUUUACAAACGACAUGUUCUUCAGAUGCUUUCACACCAAGCGGCUGCGCUUCGGCGGCGUCUUGCUUCAAUCAUGGUAAAUGCAGACGAAACCGAAGAACGUAUACUAAAAAAGGUGCAGUACUGUUGUGAAGAGUAUCCCGAGAGACGUGUGUGGUCUGUGGUAUUAUUAGAUGGCACCCCUUUCACGAAAGCUCAGCAACUGGCCUUGGAUAUGGUCCUCGCCGUUCAAGCGCUUGAUAAAAGUGAGAGGUCCGGUCUGGCGGAAAGCCUAUUUGUGUAUUACCCUACACAGUGCAAACCUAUGAAUGAUUUAGAACCAAUCACUAGUUUGGCUCUCCCCCCUAGUUCUUGGUUGGCUCUAACGGGGUGUGGUGAUCAACAGUGUAUCAAGUGGGCAUCUAUGACUCAACGCAAUGCAUAUGUGCUGACGCCAGAAAUAUACAAGCUCCGAUGUCAAAGUGAUCUUCUUAGCUCGUUGCGGAGCGUGUAUCUAGCUGACAGCGAUGAAGAUCGAAACAUUAGCACUGAACUUACAGGUCCUGUUAGUGAAAUGCCUCAAAGGAUAAAUUUAAGCCGACGUCCAAUGUCGACAGUUGUGAAACCAGACUCGGCUAGCGUCGAGCGUUUGUCGAAAAUCAUGCUCCAAUAUAUCCAAUCAGCCCCUGAAGAAACAGGAUCAUCACUACUUAUCUAUGGCGUGGCAGGGGCGGGCAAGAGUGAGCUUUUGCGACACCUAGCACACAACUUUGAAAUCAAUUCGAAUGAGUACAGUGUGAUUUUUCUCGAAAUCGACAGCCCAAAUGGUGAUGUGGUGACAUUUUUAUAUAAUGUACUUCAGAUCCUCAGUCCAGCGGCCGCCCAGCGGCAUUACUACAGCGCGAUGGCGCUGCAGUUGGCUGUCAAGGAGGCUGCCGCAGCCUACGGUGGCCCGAAACGAGUCGUUUUGAUCGUUUCGCGUGUGGAUCAGCUGGAUCUUUGUGGAAUGGAGGAUACGACGUGUGUCGAUUGGGUGCCUUCGCUUCUGCCACCGAGGCUGCGCGUUGUGUUAUCCUUUGAUACCGAUCCCAACCUACUCCACUACCUCCGUCAACGCUCACCGCAACCGUUGGAAUAUUUGGUCUAUCCCGCUGAUGAUGUUGAAAGUGUCGACGCCUACUGCAAUAUGUUGAUGCAACGAGGUUUUUGCCUGCCGGGUGUCGAGCAGGGUCAAACAAAGUACAGCCUUGGUCCAACGGAGAAAAACUAUGCGCAAAAAUCUGACUCGCACCGAAUGUUCUAUAGUCGUCUAGCCGCUGCUUACACAAAACAUUUAUUGGAAAUCAACGCUGUGAAAAAUGAAGAAGAUGCAGCCCUUCUUAUCCAUAAACAACUUCCAGACAGUGUGGAGGAGCUUAUACGCUUCUCUUUUCAGAACGUCGCCGCGGUGUACGGGCAAAUGACUAUUUCGUGGAUUCUUUUGUCUCUCACAAUAAGUCCUUUAGGUGUGACUGAUAUAGAAGAGGUGUGCGAACAGCUAGGACGUUGUCCAGCGCGUACUUCUGUUCCAGCCCUUUUGAAUCUAGUCGACUUUAGUAUAGUUGAGUUUGAUAGUGAAGCGAAAGCACAUCUCUCUCAUUACGUGAUAUGUACUCCAAUUGUGCUUCAUCAAUACGCUUGUGAAUUAGAUCUUGUUAGUGUAGCCGUAGAGACGCACUUGCAUCUCAUGACUCGUCAAUAUCUGGAUGUUCAUCACAACUUCCGUCAUUUAAUUCCUCUUAUGUUAAUUAAUGGUAACUUUAAUGCCGCGGUAGAUCUCCUAAAUGAUGCGGAUUUGAUCGAUCGCAUGCUUAGCCACAAAAAUCAAGGAUUUUACCACGUAAUGGGAGCCUUUUUUCGCCUGAUUAGUGCGUGUGACCUAGUGGACAAACUAGCUUCCGUUGGUCAGCCCCUCAUGUGUAUUACUCUCGAUCGCGAACAAAUUGAAUGCUCUCUAAGAGAUGUACAGCUAGCUCGGGGACCGGGAUUCCUCCAGCGUUGCCUACUAUCACAUAAUGAAUCCCAAUUAUAUCAAAGUGCUCGCCAGCUGCUGAAUUGUGGUAGUGGCGGCGUGCCGUAUUCCGUGCUUGUCCCUCUGAAAACACAUGUGGGCGACCCAAGCUCGGCGACGCUGACCUGUACCUCCAGGCUACCGGUCAUUCACCUUAACUGUCGUGGGGACUAUCUAGUCGCGUCGACCCCGGGCGACGUCACGGUGUACCACACCCAGACCCUUGCCGAGGUCGCGCAUCUUGACUCCCCCUUCAAAACCCCCUCUGGCGAACCCAUCCUAGGCUCCUUGGUCGGGAUCGGACCGCGGGUUGUGGUGUUGGCAGCCACACAAGUCUUCCUGUGGAACUUCGGCGCCAACGUCUCGCGUCUGCUCGAGGAUCUCUCCGCGGCGGUGGCGACCGGCUCGCUGGACAUGUUCGGCGACGCCCUCAUCGCGGCCCAUCCCGCCCACAGCACCGGGUUCGCCGUCUUCAGCGUCACUCAACGGCUCAAGACACGGGACCUGCCCCCGCCCCAGCUCACGGGGCGACCCCGUCGUGGGGGGUUCUGUGGGCCGGACCCGAUGCUCGUGGAGGGCCACGCCGUGCGCCUCUUCGACCAGGCCCGGGAGGUCGCGCUGUUACACGACGGCCUGGUCGGGGCGGUGGACUGUUCGAACGAUGGGCAACUCAUUGCGGCGGCGGUGCGCGGGGUGCUUUGGCUGUGGAAGCGCAAUGGCACACUGCUCCAUCAAAUGGACCCCUCGCUUGGGCGGAUCGCCCGGCUCUCCUUCAACCCGACGGGCAUGGCGUUGAUGGUGGAGCGAGGAGAUGGGGCAAUGGUCUGGCAAACCGUCACAGGGGUGCUCCUCUCGCGGCUUCUGAACCCUUUUGGAGAGGAACACGGCAGGGUGAGCCCGGACGCCUGGAUGAGCGGCAACGACAGCCUCCUGAUGGGCCGUGUGGGUCCGCACGCAGUCGUCUGGCAUGCCGAAAGCGGCACACCCAUAGGGGCCCUCACGGCACAGGAUGGUGUCUUUACGCAGAUGUGUGAACACAAUAAAGUGAUUUACGCCACCCUCAGCAGCGGUGGGGGGGUCAAGGUUUUUGAUCCAAUCAUAAAUCCGCUCCCGCCUGUGCAAAAAACAAAAAGUGAGGUAGUUAAUAGUGACUGCCUUUGGAAUGGUCGAGUGUCCAGUUGUGGCAUCAAAACCGUCACCAUGAGCCCAUUUCCGGGGUCUCAUCUUGUCGCUUGUGUAGAUCGAAACGGGCGGCUCUACGUCUUUUCAACACAGUCUGGAGCCCGACUUGAUCGCGUGGUGGAGCCCCAAAUGCAAGACGCACCCGUGCAUACCGCGGUGGUGGCGGGGCCGAGGCUUGUUGCCUAUGUCAACCAUGUCAACCCGUGUGUGUUCUUCCUCAACCUCCCUGAAGAUGACGACCCCUCUACGCCGGCAACUGUCACGUCGCGCCCGCUCCCAAAAGAAUUGUUAUGGGAUCCGGAAGUGGAUGCACAUUUGUAUUCCUCUCAGAGCGAACCCUCGUAUUUGGGGUUGACGUAUAGUUACCACGGUCGAAGUCGGAUGAUCGUGUACAAAAUUGGCACCCCUGGUGUAUGUUUUCAGCUUAUUGGUGGGGGGAGAUUCAUUUUUGCAUCUUUCCUGGAACAAUUCGCCUACACUAUUGAAAAGGGGCAGUGGGUGCGGUUGUGGAACCUUUCGAAAGGGCUUGAGCGGACAUCAUAUCAGCAUUCCCAUCCUAUAGUAGCGGCGGCAAAGUGUAGAGGAGUUAAGGAUUCAUUACUGUGCAUCGAUAGUACUGAAACAAUGUAUUGUGUAAGUGUUCGUGAAAUUUCAUCCCCAACGCAAGCCAGUUUUGUUCUCACAAAGAUUAAACGUCCGAAUCUCCGCUACCACCACUCUUUCCAUCUUGUACAUUACAUGGUUUGUAUAAAUAAAAGCAUUAUCUUACUGCGUGCUGGAAGUGAUGGAAGAGCAAUGCGGCUUGGUAUUACAGCGGCUAAUCGUGAUGAUGAGUUGCACGAGGCGCCGAUUCAUGAAAUUAGCUGCAUUAGUGUUGGGGUAAAAAACAACGAGGAAGUGCUUGUUAUCGGGUGCACAGACGGACGCUUACUUUUUCAUCGUGUUGUAGAACCCAUAAUCUAA